AUGACCUUUGCCCUUCCGCCCGACUGGCGUAAGGGUAUCAAGAGGAGCAUCCGACAACUCAAGAUGCAAGAGUCUCAAAGCUUUCUAGAAUUCAGCACACAAGCACGUACCUUACGAUUGAUGCUAAACUUUGAUGAUGAAGACGCUUUUGGCGAAUUUGAAUUGGCCGAAUACGUUACUUUUGGCUUGUCAGAUGAGCUCCAAGGAAAAGGAUCCGACUUCCGACUACUCCGCAUUAAACCAUUUGAUUAUGGUGACUUUGAAGAACGUGUUGCGGGAUUUUUUGAGCAUUUACCCAAGCGUUCUAGUGGAAGACCACGUCCGGUGACUGGGGCCUCGCAAGACCGCAGCACCUCCCCGCAAUCAUCCUCCCUUUGGAGACUACACUCUUACUUGGAAUCACUAGGUCGCUGUCACUUCUGCAAGAAAAACUGUGGCAGCGAGAAUGGAGCCUGCCCGGGACAAAUCGACAAAUCCUAUGUAGAAAUCCCUUCAUCAUUCAAGACCCCUCCUAAACCAGCUGAUUAUAAACCCCCCAAAGCAACAACCAGUCAAAACACUACUGCCGGAAAACCAACCCACCAGCCAGCUGGCCGACCAUUGCAGCGAGCAGCUAACGUAGCAGGAGUAGAAGAGAUCAACUACUUCCCCGAGCUUAGCACAGCAGCUAUUGCAGCUCUUGACGAACACUUACUAGGACUCGAAGCUUCCGACACUGCGGACAACAUUCAACCAGCGCAGGUAGAUGGAAUCACACUUGAGGACCUUGGACCGGAAGAACUAGAAGCUCUUGCAGCCAUUGAUGAGGAACUUCAGCUGGCAAAAGAUGAGAGGUCUACCGAUUAA